UCUCUCAGAAGUUUCCUCUGAUACUUUUAUUCACUAACAGUUCAGCUGGAUUUUAUUUGUAAAAUGUGAGAGCACAGACAUGGAAAACCUUCCCCUUUCUGCUCUGCGGCUCAGACAGAUCUGCUGUUCUCAGAGAUCUCUGAAGCACAACACAGAGGACUCAGUGGGUGGCAAACCCAACAUGCUUUCGCCUCAUCACUAUGGAUAAAUGGAUCCACUUCUUCCGGACGAGCUCAAGAGCAUUUCACAAUUCCAUGAAAUGAGAGAGUUGUUCCAAGAAAGCUUCAUCUUCAGCGUUUGGUCUCGAGUCAACAUGUUAACACACACACACACAUACAGUAUAUAUAUAUGUUUAAACUCUCGUACGGCUUCAAGCGUAUGUCGGCUCACGCCUCACAAAGACACGCAAUAAAUUCAGAGUGACACUUCAUGAGUCGUGGUUAAUGUAGUUAACCGCACAGUAAAGCAACAGAAAGUGUCUGAGACUUGCAACAUAAUUUCUUGGCUCAGCGUUGCAUUUGUUGACCUUUUAAUGUGUUUUUUACCGGAUCGUCAGAUAUCACAACAAAUUAAAAAUCAGUUUGUGUAUCUCAUGCAGCUCGCAAUAUUUUUUUUUAAUUAGCUCAUACGAAGUGAAGUCUCUGGAGAGACGGCGUUAUUUCUGCAGAUUUCUGAGUUUGGUUUGUGUCCUCUGUGAGCCCCAGUGCUCCUUCAGCAGACAGUUUGGUUGUCUGAUGUGUGACUGUUGAUGCAGCUGAGGCGCAUUGAAGUGGUUGAACGUGUUGUCGGCUGUGGCCGGAGGAGCAGACAUGGGUGUCUACUGAUGUGGCUCGGAGGGACUAAAUCAUCCAUUUGCCACCAGCUUUGUUUUUUUGAACUCAGGGCAGCAAACAAAUAAAUACUUUCCAUUCCAGGAUCAUCUGCUCACUGUUUAUUUACUCACACUUAACUUUCUCCUGCUGCCUGACCUGUGCUCCUCAGUGUGAGGCAGAGGCAGCUUUAAUAACGGGGACAUAAUUAGCUCUGGAUUGUGUAUUAACUCUUCAACAGAUUAGUCUGAGCCUGCUUGUGUCUGUGCAACAGUGAUACAAGUGGAGCUUCCCUAAAAAAGAUAUUCAAAUUAAAGAACUUCUUACAUUUGACUCGCCGAUUUCCAUUGGAAAUCUGAGACAAACAGAAUUUACAUACACAAGUUCUCCAAACACCUGCACCAUUCUGUUUAGAUGUUGAGCGAGCUGCUUUUAGUUUUAUGGAGAUAUUAAGUCUAUUUUGGGUCUUGACUGUGCCGGUGUGGUUUACCAGCUAACAAAAACAAACCUCAGCGGGUGGCAGCAUCAUAAACAUGUCAGAUUAACACAAGAAAACAAACUGUAAAAUAGCAGAAAAGCAACCUGCACUCCCUUUGUGCCAUUAAAAAAAAACUUUAUAACCUACAUUUGAAUUUUGCAAGUUUAUAAUAAUGUACUGGCCCACAAACAUGAAUUUUAUAACCGAUGAGAGUUCCCUGCAUCCUUUACACACAGGUACUUACUGCUAUAAUAUGUCUUGCAAUACUACAGUCUAUAAAAUCUAUAAUUGCAUUGAAAUUGUGGUAAAUAACAACUAAAUUGCAAAAAAAAACCAUACCAAUGCUUUAACAUUUCUGUGUGUUUGUGUGAGUUUCAGUGAUAAAAAGCAUCACUAUCACUUUAUCUUUUAAUGUUUUAUUGUAAUAUUCUUGUAAAAUGAUUUGUGAUGUUGUUACAACAAUCUGGCAUUUUGUAUAUUUGCAUUGAGAGGCUACUGUAACACUGUGCUGCUUGCAGCUCCUCCCAUCCAGCUAUAAGAGCCCAGCUGACCAGGUAGUCAGGGUCCAUCCCUAAAAUAGGCCAAAGCAAACUGAUGAAAAGUCGGUCAGCUUUAUUUGACACGUAUUUUCUCCUCAGGUGGUUAUAUGCAGCUUUCCUGCUAUAUUGAGAUGUAGCGUCCGUCCUUGAGUUGGUUUUCGGGCUGAUCUUCCAGAGGAUUUGGAGCUGGGACUGCUAAGUUUUAAUGAUGACUUUUGCCAUGCUGCGGCCUGUGGCGACGCAUUUGAUCUAUUCAGACUUCAAUAUCACAUCCGAGGACGAUGAAAACCGCAGUGAAAGCGACGACAGCUCGGAGCAAUCUUACUGUAGCGCCGAAAAACGAAGAAGGAUUUCAGGCAACCUGGAAAGAGACACCACGUCGGUGAUAAAACAGAGGAGCGCGGCUAACGCCAGGGAGAGAGGUAGGACCCAAAGUGUCAACACCGCAUUCACAGCUCUCCGGACUCUCAUACCCACCGAACCGGUGGACAGAAAGCUCUCCAAGAUUGAAACUCUUCGCCUGGCGUCCAGCUACAUUUCCCAUCUGGCCAACGUGCUUCUUCUCGGAGACGGCGGCGCGGAUGGUCAGCCAUGCCUCGGCGCGGUCCAUGCGCAAGGAGAGAGCGGGGCGAAGCAGCCUCGGACCAUCUGCACCUUCUGUCUGAGCAACCAGAGAAAAGGGAUAAAGGAUGGAAAAGACUGUUUAAAAAUGCGAGGGCUGGGUCCGCUGCGAAUGAGACGCUGACUGAAGACCAGUGAAUGAUUAGCAACCUGAAAAUCCUCAAAGACUUUCUCAGGGAAGAGUCAAAGCUGGUGUUACAUAGACAGACAGACACAAACACACACACACACAUGCACAUGAUGUACAUGCUGGAUCAAACGAUGGAACCAAACAGACUAUUUAUACGUGACUGAGAAAUUUAAGCAUAAGUCUUUCAAAGAUGCAGCGCAUUUGUUUGAAACUUAUGAG